AUGUAUAUAAACUCUGAGAAUUUAUUACCAAAAUUGCAAGGAGAAGCAUUUGGUAUUGAUAUUGAAUUUAGUAAUAAACGAAUUUGUCUAAUCUAAAUAUCUGAUGGGAAGGAUAUAUAUUUAUUCGAUCCAAUAGCUUUGAAUUUAGAGUAAUAUAUGAGAGAUUUUUUUUAAAAUGAUGCCAUCAAAAUAUUUUAUAGUGGUGCUCAAGAUUUGAAAUGGUUGAAAACUGAAUAUCAAAUAGAAGUUAAAAACUAUUGUGAUUUAAAAGUGCUUGCUUAAAAAGAGCCUGAUUAAAGUUUAAUUGCAUUAUGGAAGAAGUAUUGUGGAGUCUAAUUCGAGAGAGACGACAAGAAAAGAUUACAAAAAAGUGACUGGUUUGCACGACCAUUAUCUUAAGAAUAAUUAUUCUAUGCUGCUCUUGAUUGCAAACAUCUGGUUAUGUUAAGAGAAAUUUUAUUGUAAUAAUAUACGGACGAGGAAAAGAAGUUUAUACAUUUCUCAACAGACCUCAAAGAACCUAAACUAUUGAGAUAUUUAAAGAAAUAAUUGGGUGACAAUGAAGAUGUUCUUUUGCCUUAAAAGAUUUAUAAGCAUAUCAAAUUCUAGGAGCCUUUUUAAACAGACGAUUAGAAGAUUAUUGGGUUGAUUGAAUAAUUAACUAAAAAACAUCACGAAGAUUACAAGGAAUAGAAAAAACAAAGGUUUUUACAAUUUUAAGAAAAAUUUACAACACACAAACCUGUUUAUAGUAAUUGCCGUAUUUAUAGUUUAAGUGGAUUAUAACUAUGCUUUUGUGAUUAAAAGAAAAUUGAAUGGUAUGUAAAGAAUGGGUUAGGGGAAUAUUUAGAUGAAAAGAGUAUCAAAUUAAAUUUUGAUCCUGUUUGUGAAUUUGAUGAAAAAGAAAUGAAAUUUUAUAAUGAGGAAAGGGCAAAUCGAUGUGUUGUUUGUGGUGCCUCUUCUAAUAUAUUAAAAUAUCAAAUCAUCCCAUACAUGUACAAACAUAACCUACCUAAUCAUUAUAAAUCUCAUAGGGCUCAUGAUGUUGUGAUCAUAUGUGCUCGUUGUCACGAAAAAGCCUCUGCUCUACAAGACAAGAAAAGGGCUGAAGUUGCUUAGUUGUAUGGAGUUCCUUUGUAAUAUUAUGGGGAGGAAAAGAAAGUAGUUGAUAAGUUGAAUUACAUUCUUAAAAAGUACGAUAACCUUACAAAAGCAGGAAAACCUUUUGAUUUUGCUUAAUAUGAAGAGAUCAGAAAUCAAUUUAAAGACUUAAUCUUAUUGCCUGCUGAAUUUAACAAAGAAGAGCUAACUUAAAUUAAUGAGAAGUUGAAAAAAGAUUUAAAGAAUACCCAUGGAGAAACUGUUGUUAAGAAAUUAGACACAGAUGAGAAAAUUGAAGAAUUUAUAAUGAUUUUCAGAAAACACUUCUUAUUAUCCAUGGAUCCUUAAUUUUUACCUAAAGAAUGGGCUAUCGAUCAUAGAUUUAAAAGAAACUUUGGAGAAAAAUCGAUUUAUUUUUAGAAGUAAGAAGCAAAUGAAUACAAAUAGGAAUUAAAAGAAUAAGAAUAACAAGACAUAGAAAAAUGAAAUAUAGGG